AUGGUGAACGACGGACAGCAGUCGGCGAUCCCAGCCGCCGCCGCCGCCGAGCCUGACGUGGAGCUCGGACGCCUCGGCGGCGGCGGCGGCGGCGGGAGGAGGAGGCUAGGCGGAGAAAGCUCCGGGGAGGAGGAGGAGGGGAGCCAGCGCUUCUCGGACGCCGAGGACCGGUCCUGGCACUCGCGCCAGAACUCCGCCGCACUCGAGGACCACACCUCGACGUCCGCGCCCGUCCGCCCCGGCGCCGGCGCGGGGGACGGGGAAGGCGAGGGCGCGGUCGGGCGCGGCAGGAAGUCGUGCGUGUCGGAGGGCUCGCUGGACGACGUCGACCUGGAGGCCGGGCCGGCCGAGAUCACCAAGGCCAGCCCCGACAAGGACGAGAUGAACUGCCGCAUCUGCCACCUCGGCCUCGAGAGCGCCGCCGCCGAGUCCGGCGCCGGCAUCGUGCUCGGCUGCUCCUGCAAGGACGACCUCUCCUGCGCCCACAAGCAGUGCGCCGAGACAUGGUUCAAGAUCAGGGGCAACAAGAUCUGUGAAAUCUGCGGCUCAGCCGCAUGCAAUGUGGUAGGUUUUGGCGACGGGGAGUUCAUGGAGCAGUGGAACGAGUCGAGCAACUCCGGGGCUACGCAGGCACCUGGCAACGAGCCGCGGAGGUUUUGGCAGGGCCACCGGUUUCUCAACUUCCUUCUUGCCUGCAUGGUGUUUGCUUUCGUCAUAUCCUGGCUCUUCCACUUCAACGUCCCCGGCUAAGCCUCGUUGUGCGGACUUCUGAAUAAAAAGCUUCAGAGCCAUUGUUAUUGGCAGAAUGGUGGCAGAUAUCAGGUAAAAAAAAACUGAAAACCAAACAGGAAAAAACUGAGCCGAAGAUGCCAAGUGGGCUGCCUGAUUGUGGUGGAGCUGAAUUGAAAGGGUGGGUGUGUUGGUUUUGUAGAGAGCUGUUUGUAUCACACCCAGCAGCGAAGAAGGCCGAGGUUGUUCCCUAGAGGUUAGGACAUGGUGCGGAUGCAUCUUCAAUUCGUUGGUCUGAUUGUCUGAAAGCUGAGGACGGAAAGAUCUGAUGCUUGGUCGCUUAAUGCUUAGGAAAUGUUAAAAACAAGUUUCUGUUGGAUGUCAUUGUUAAAAUGUUCUCCAUCUGCGUCCAUUUAUGUUGUGAUUCAAGCGGUGCGUGUUGUUUCUCCCAAGUUUCUACUGGAAUGUUGUUUGAAUA